CCGAUGGACCACACGAAAUUUCACUACGCAACCGGUACAAGUUUCGAAAAAGGGCGACUCCUAAUCUCCUGAAGAUCGUUUGUUCGCGCGAGAUUUGAUUGUUCGGUGUGAUACUUGGUGCAAGGAAAAAGGGGGAGACACAGAAAUGAAUUUAAUAAUAAUCGUGUACCUAACGACUGCUGUUGUCCUCGUGGCAGGUCAGAAUCUUGACGAGUGUCUCCAGCAGGACAGCAUAUCAUGCGUGCAAAAGAGCAUCUAUAGGAAGGCCAAGGAAUUUUUUGGAAAGGACAGUUUAGAGAUUGUACCAGGAAUCAAUCUGAUCAGGAAUCAGGAUGCUAAUUCGGAUGGCAGAAAUGCUAGAUCCAGUAAAGAUUUGAUCUAUGAUCAGGAAAUCGAUGGUGCUAAUGAUGUCGCCGAAAGACAGAACGUUCUUGAGAGUUUUGUUGGCGAAGAAGCUAGCAAUUACUUCACUGGACGGAGUUUAAGGAUCAACUUUGCGCCAGCCGUUGAGAAAAUUGGCGAAGUCGCUCGUACAAUUAACGACUCCAUGCCUCAAGAGAUUCAUCAGGCAGCCGAUGAGAUCGUCGAAGGACGAGUCAAGAAGUUAAAGCUUCUGAAAUCUGUGAUUCCUCUUUUGAUCGCCGCCAAAGCUAAAAUCGGUGCGCUUGCUACCGUUGCUUACUUUUUUAUCGCGCUGAUUGCCAAAAAAGCUAUCGUUGCAUCACUUAUUUCUAUUGCAAUCUCUGCCUUUAUUGGAUUGAAAUAUCUUUGGUCCUCUAAAUCUGGCUCCAGCUUCACUCCCUAUAAUAGUGGUUGGAGCGGUGGUACCAGCAACAUCGGUUGGUCUGCACCUGUUUCUUCCGGUGGAUGGGCCACCUCCGGUUCUGGAGCCUGGGAUGAUGGACAUUAUGCUCAGAAUCAAGCUUAUUCCAGCUAUCAUCAUCGACGAUAGUUUCCUAUUACACUCAUGUCGAUUUGUCGAAAUCCUAUUUCAAAUCCUUUUAUUAUUAUUGAUUAUUUCUCGACACGUCGCGCGAACAAGUAACGAAAAAAAGAAUUAUUUAUAUUUAUUUAUAUGUGUGUGCGAAUCAACCGUUGUAUAAAUUCAGUCGGUUCGAAAGUGAGAUCAUCUUCUUGUACAUAAUAAUUAAUAAUAUCAAUAUUCUUGUUCUUAUUAUUUAGCCACGUGAGCGUUCACGAAUGGAACGAACGAAUCAAAACACAGAAACUAGUCUUGCGAGUAAAGGAACGCGAGUUCAGCAAGUAUUUUCUUUUUGUGUACGAUAACACGAAUAGUAUGCGCGUUGCAUCUUUCGAAUGCGUGUAAUGUCCGUGCGAGAACUAACUCUCUCUCCAUUUCCUUCCUAUCCCCCCUCCGAUCGAUCUUCUUUGCUCCUUUUCUUUUUUCUGCUCACCGCAGAUCAAAACCAUCUAGUCUACCAUCAUGGAUGUACGUGGAUUCCAUUAACCUACUAGCCCGUAUAACUAUCGAUUUUAUAAUAUGGUCAUUGUAAUCCUUUUAAUAUAAUUACGAUUAUAC